UAAAAAGAUUUUUAUUAUCUCCUUCCCUUUUUCUCUGUUUUUCUCAGCAUACUCGCUUUCUUCUUCUUCUUCUUCUUCUUCUUCUUCUUCUUCUUCUUCUUCUUCUUCUUCUUCUUCACCAGAGAAGUAAUGAGUAAGGAUCUUAAUUUUUACAGACAGUGUGUGUUUUUGAGAGAUAGUGCCCAUGGAUUUAGCCCCAGCUCCCAUCACUACUAGUAGUAAUAACACUAAAUCCCCCGACGCUGACUCCGAUACUCCGACAAAGAUCCCACCGUCUUUCACCAACGGCGUUCUCAAGCGCCACCACCACCACAAUCACCAUCACCAUCAUCACCAUCGCCCUCCCUCCUCCUCCUCCUCCUCCUCCACGGUUGUUGUUUCUUACAAAGAAUGUCUCAAAAAUCAUGCCGCCACUUUAGGAGCUCACGCCUUGGAUGGAUGUGGCGAAUUUAUGCCUUCCCCUUCCGCUACACCCUCCGAUCCCACUUCCCUUAGAUGCGCCGCUUGUGGUUGUCACCGGAAUUUCCACCGCCGUGAUCCUGAAGAUCCAAUUUCAACUUUAGCUAUCAAUACAGCGCCAACUCAUGUUAUUGAGUAUCAACCUCACCAUCGUCACCACCCACCACCACCGCCACUCGCCGGUAACCGAAGCCCCAAUUCGGCAUCUCCUCCGCCAAUCUCUUCUUCCUAUUACCCAUCUGCGCCACAUAUGUUAUUAGCGCUUUCCGCUGGGUUGUCGGGUCGUCCACCGGAAAAUCACACUCAGGGGAAUAAUUCGGUGCCGACGGUGAGUCCGAACACUCGGAAACGGUUUCGGACGAAAUUUAGUAAUGAACAGAAGGAGAAAAUGCUGGAUUUUGCCGAACGGGUGGGAUGGAAAAUGCAGAAACGAGAUGAUGAUUUGGUUCGAGAUUUUUGUAAUCAAGUUGGAGUUGAAAGAGGGGUUCUUAAAGUUUGGAUGCAUAACAACAAGAACACCAUGGGAAAAAAGCCUGAUUCCAAUGGCGACGUUACCGCCACCGCCAUUGCCACCGUCGCCGCAGCCAUCGCCACCGUCAACAAUCAUGAAGAUGAACCAGAUGGGGGCUUACAUAUGCAUAUUGGCUCAAAUGGGUCAUCUUCUUCUUCUUGAUCUGCUCUUCUCCCAAGUAAUUAAUUAAUAAAAACUCCAUCAUCAUCAUCAUCAUCAUCAUCAUCAUCAUCAUCCCCCGAUACGGAAAUCCAAGCUAGGUAGCUCUAGUUUUUCUUUUUCUUUUUUCUUUUUUCUUUUUUUCUUUCCUUAAUUUUUUAGUUUAGUGUUGAAUUUAAUGAAUUAAGAGAUGACUACUGAGAUGAAAUUAUUAAUUAAGAACAGAGAGAAGAGUAAAAAAAACAUUAAUCAAUCAUUAAUCCUUAUUAAUUACUUUAUUUUCCUC